CACAGUGCUGGGGCUUGAGAGGUUGACCAUCCACUCAUGCUGCCACAAGCACAGGGAGACGUUGGCGCUCAGUCGGGAAAAAAUAUUUUUACCGUUUCAUUUUUCUUUUUUUUUUUUUUCUUUUUUUUUAAGUUUAGCACGGAAUGAGCUGAACGGAGUCGGCGGCUGCAGAGCUUAUUCUAUACAAGCGGACGAGUCUGGUGGCAUGGUGUGGUGAAACAGAGACCCCAGCAAGCACAGAGAGACAGAGGGUACACUGUGCAUCAUGUUUGAAUGCCGAUAAUCAAUUAGAAAUAUACAUGACUGUGCUGCUGCAUUGCCUAUAGCCUCAUCGGGCUGUAGCAAGUCUCCUUUUAUUGCAGAAGCCCGUCUUGAAGCGGCUAGCGUGCCGGACUCGAGGGUGCAAGUGAACGGACAAUCUCACCCGGACCACUGAGAGGGUUCGGAUGAGGUGGCUGCUUGGUUUUAGAAAUCCGGCCAACUUUUUCAUCUAUUCCUUUCUAACCAGCAGUGCCAUCGGGCAGGUGCUCUGGAGAUGGCGAUGAGGUUGCUUUACUUGGGAUUUAUACUCUGCUUGGAGAUCGCAUCUCCUAACGGUGCAACCGUAGCUCCCAGCUCCAAAGCAGAUGAGCAGCCCAAGACUUGCAGCUCUAAACAGUUUGUAUGUAAGGACCAGGUGACCUGUAUCUCCAAAGGCUGGCGAUGUGAUGGGGAGAAGGACUGUCCAGAUGGCUCAGAUGAAUCUCCAGAUAUCUGCACACACAACAAAGUGAACCAGUGUCCUGUCAAUAAAUAUCCAUGCCUGGAUGUGGAAGUGUGUCUCCAUGCAAGCAAAUUUUGUAAUGGAGUCCCUGAUUGCACUGACGGCUGGGAUGAGGGGCCUCACUGCAGAGCAAAAGCACCAGACUGUGCCUCCCAUGGGUGCGAGGUUGGCUGUGCAGUGACUCAUGAUGGGCCUCGUUGCUACUGUGGAGAUGGUUACGAGGUUGCUGCAGAUGGAAAGAAAUGUAAAGAUUUCAAUGAGUGUGGUGUGUAUGGAACAUGCAGUCAGACAUGCACAAACACUGAAGGCAGCUACACCUGCAGCUGUGUGGAGGGCUACCUGCUGCAGCCAGACAACCGCUCCUGCAAAGCCAAAAAUGAGCCUGUUGAUCGUCUGCCUGUUCUGUUGAUCGCCAACCUUAACAACAUCCGAUGCACCUCCCUGAGCGGCUCCGCGACCCGGGUUCCUUCCAUCGCCACCAAACAGACCAUGGCUAUGGACUUCAUCUAUGCGGAGGAGACUGUUUGCUGGAUAGAUGUGGGUGAUACUCCCGCUGCCACCCAACUUAAGUGUGCCAGCAUCCAAGACCUGAAGUCUGUCAGUAACAACCGCACCAUCAACAUCUCUCUCAGCCUUCACCAUGUGGAGCAGAUGGCUAUAGACUGGCUGACUGGCAACUUCUACUUUGUGGAUGACGUGGACGACCGGGUGUUUGUCUGCAACAAGAACGGCAAAACUUGUGUAACCCUGCUGGACCAAGAGCUGUACAACCCUAAAGGCAUCGCCCUGGACCCAGUGAUGGGAAAAGUGUUCUUCACAGACUAUGGGUCUACACCGAGGGUGGAGCGUUGUGACAUGGAUGGGCAAAACCGCACUAAGCUGGUCGACAGUAAGAUUGUCUUCCCCCACGGUAUCACUUUGGACCUGGUGAACAGGUUGGUGUACUGGGCUGACGCCUACCUGGAUUACAUCGAAGUGGUGGACUAUGAGGGCAAGAAUCGGCACACCAUCAUCCAGGGUCUGAUGAUCGAGCAUCUGUAUGGGCUGACUGUAUUUGAGAACUAUCUCUAUGCAACAAACUCGAACGAAGGCAACCUCAACUCCAAAACGACCGUGAUUCGAGUUAACCGUUUCAACAGCUCCGACUUCCAGGUGGUGACCCGUUUAGAUCGGGGAGCUGCGCUGCACGUGUACCAUCAGAGACGUCAACCUCAAGUGCGUAGUCACGCGUGUACUCUGGAUCAGUUCGGAAAAGCUGGUGGCUGCUCUGACAUAUGUCUGCUGAGCAACAACCACAAGACCCGAACCUGCCGCUGUCGCUCGGGCUUCAGCCUCGGCAGCGAUGGCAAAUCCUGCAAGAAACCGGACCACGAGUUGUUCUUGGUGUAUGGCAAGGGUCGUCCUGGAGUCAUCAGGGGCAUGGACAUGAACGCUAAAGUGCCCGAUGAGUACAUGAUUCCGAUCGAGAACCUAAUGAACCCCCGAGCAUUGGAUUUCCACGCCACCACUGAAUUCAUAUACUUUGCUGAUGCCACAAGCUACAUCAUCGGUCGGCAGAAGAUAGAUGGCACAGAUAGAGACGUCAUACUGAAGGAUGGUAUCCACACGGUAGAGGGAAUAGCAGUAGACUGGAUGGGAAAUAAUCUUUACUGGACAGAUGAUGGACCAAAGAAGACUAUCAGCGUUGCCAGGCUGGAGAAGGCUUCACGGACCCGCAAGAUUCUCAUUGAGGGCAAGAUGAGCCACCCGAGAGCCAUUGUUGUGGACCCCCAGCACGGAUGGAUGUACUGGACUGACUGGGAGGAGGAUCCCACAGAGAGCAACAGAGGCAAGAUCAAAAAAGCUUGGAUGGAUGGUUCACAUCACCAAGUGUUCCUCACUAGCAAAACAGUCCUGUGGCCCAACGGGUUGAGUCUGGACAUUCCCCAGGGAAUCCUGUACUGGGUGGAUGCUUACUACGAUCGCAUUGAGAUGGUUUACCUAAACACCACUGAGCGAAAGGUGGUGUAUGAGGGGCAGGAGCUUAACCAUGCCUUUGGCUUAUGCCACUACAAACAAUUUCUGUUUUGGAACGAGUACCGUGGUGGCAGCAUCUACAAACUGGACCAAGUCACUAAGACAGUCACUCUACUCCGCAAUGAGAGGCCGCCCAUAUUUGAGAUCAGAGUGUAUGAUGCACACCAGCAGCAAGGAACCAACGCGUGUCGAGUUAACAAUGGCGGCUGCAGCAUUCUGUGCCUCGCCAUUCCUAAUGGCAGAUCCUGCGCCUGUGCUGAUGAUCAGAUCCUUGAUGACGAUAACGUUACUUGCACAGCCAACCCCUCCUACGUGCCCCCGCCCCAGUGCCAGCCUGGGGAGUUUGCUUGCAAGAACAACCGCUGCAUCCAAGAGCGCUGGAAGUGUGACGGGGACAACGAUUGUCUGGACAACAGCGAUGAAGCGCCUGAGCUCUGCUACCAGCACACCUGCUCAGCCGAGCGAUUUAAGUGCCAAAACAAUCGUUGCAUCCCCCUGCGAUGGCUGUGUGAUGGUGACAAUGACUGUGGAAACGAUGAGGAUGAAUCGAACACCACCUGCUCUGCUCGCACAUGCCCACCCAACCAAUACCCCUGUGCCAGUGGGCGCUGCAUCCCCAUCUCCUGGACGUGCGACCUUGAUGAUGACUGUGGAGAUCGCUCAGAUGAACCUGAUUCCUGUGCGUAUCCAACCUGUUUCCCUCUCACCCAGUUCACCUGCGCCAAUGGCCGCUGCAUCAAUAUAAAUUGGCGCUGUGACAACGACAACGACUGUGGAGAUAGCAGCGACGAAGCAGGCUGCAGCCAUUCUUGUUCCAGCGUCCAGUUCAAAUGUAACAGCGGCCGCUGCAUCCCAGAAUACUGGACCUGCGACGGCGACAAUGACUGUGGAGACUACAGUGACGAGACUCAUGCCAACUGUACCAACCAAGCAACCCGACCUCCAGGUGGCUGCCACGUAGACGAGUUCCAGUGUCGCAUGGACGGCCUGUGCAUUCCCAUGCGCUGGCGUUGCGAUGGCGACACAGACUGUAUGGACCUGAGCGAUGAGAGCAACUGCGAGGGCGUCACCCACACUUGUGACCCUGCAGUCAAGUUCAGCUGCAGGGACUCUGCUCGCUGCAUCAGCAAAGCCUGGGUGUGUGACGGUGACAGUGACUGUGAGGACAACUCGGAUGAGGACAACUGCGAGGCAUUGGUGUGCAAGUUGUCUCACCACGUGUGCGCUACCAACGACUCCAUCUGUCUGCCUCCCGAGAAGCUGUGUGACGGCACAGACGAUUGUCCGGAUGGUUCCGAUGAGAAACUUUGUGACUUGUGUUCGGUGGGCAAUGGGGGUUGUAGUCACAACUGCAGCAUUAUUCCCGGGGAAGGCUUCAUGUGUUCUUGUCCCCUGGGCAUGGAGCUGGGAGCUGACAACAAGACCUGCCAGAUCCAGAGCUUUUGCGCCAAACAUCUCAAGUGUAGCCAGAAGUGUGAACAGGAGAAAUCUAGUGUCAAGUGCUCCUGCUACGAGGGCUGGGAGCUGGAGUCUGACAUGGAGAGCUGCAAAAGCACCGAUCCCUUCAAGCCUUUCAUUAUCUUCUCCAAUCGCCAUGAGAUCAGAAGGAUUGACCUUCAUAAAGGAGAGUUCAGUGUCCUUGUACCAGGCCUUAGAAACACCAUUGCUUUAGACUUCCAUCUCAACCAGAGCACCCUGUACUGGACUGAUGUUGUGGAGGACAAAAUCUAUCGUGGGAAACUGUCUGAAAAUGGAGCCCUGACCAGUUUUGAGGUGGUGAUCCAAUAUGGGCUGGCUACUCCAGAAGGCCUAGCUGUGGACUGGAUAGCAGGAAACAUUUACUGGGUGGAGAGCAAUCUGGACCAGAUUGAGGUGGCCAAACUGGAUGGGACCAUGAGAACGACCCUGCUAGCCGGCGAAGUGGAGCAUCCCCGAGCCAUCGCCCUAGACCCUCGAGAUGGUAUCCUGUUUUGGACUGACUGGGAUGCAAGUCUGCCCAGAAUUGAGGCAGCAUCUAUGAGCGGUGAAGGCAGACGCACCAUCCACAGGGAGACCGGCAGUGGUGGGUGGCCCAACGGACUCACUGUGGACUACAUGGAAAGACGCAUUGUCUGGAUUGAUGCCAGGUCGGAUGCUAUCUACUCAGCAAUGUACGAUGGCUCGGGGCUGAUUGAAGUGUUGCGGGGUCAUGAGUAUUUGUCCCACCCCUUUGCUGUCACUAUGUACGGAGGCGAGGUCUACUGGACUGACUGGAGGACUAACACUCUGGCCAAAGCCAAUAAAUGGACAGGACACAACGUUACUGUGGUGCAGCGCACCAACACGCAGCCCUUUGACUUGCAGGUCUAUCACCCAUCCAGGCAACCCCAGGCCCCCAACCCAUGUGCCACCGCUGACGGUAAACCCCUUUGCUCCCACUUGUGUCUCAUCAACUUUAACCAGACCUUCUCCUGCGCCUGUCCUCACCUCAUGAAGCUGCAGCCCGACAAGCACACCUGCAAAGAGUCUCGCAAGUUCCUUCUUUAUGCUCGUCAGAUCGAGAUCCGAGGUGUCGACAUCGACAACCCCUACUAUAACUACAUAAUCUCCUUCACCGUGCCGGAUAUAGACAAUGUGACAGUGGUGGAUUAUGAUGCUGUGGAGCAUCGGAUCUACUGGUCAGAUGUGCGAACACAGACCAUCAAGAGAGCUUUCAUCAAUGGCACAGGGGUGGAGACUGUGGUCUCUGCUGACCUUCCUAAUGCCCACGGCCUGGCGGUAGACUGGGUGUCCAGGAACCUCUUCUGGACCAGCUACGAUGCCAAUAAGAAGCAGAUCAAUGUGGCCAGACUGGAUGGAUCUUUCAAGAAUGCCGUCAUCCAGGGAUUGGACAAGCCCCACUGUCUUGUGGUACAUCCUCUGCUUGGGAAGCUUUACUGGACUGACGGUGACAGUAUAAGCAUGGCUAACAUGGAUGGCAGCAACCGCACCACACUUUUCACCGACCAGAAAGGACCAGUUGGCCUCUCUAUUGACUAUGAAAAGGAGCAGCUGUACUGGAUCAGCUCAGGAAACAGCACCAUUAACCGCUGUCAGCUGGAUGGCUCUAAACUUGAGAUCCUUGAAGGUGUUAAAGGCAAAUUGACCAAGGCGACUGCACUGGCUAUUAUGGGAGACAAGCUGUGGUGGGCCGAUCAGGGAACUGACCAGAUAGGAACAUGUGACAAGAAGGAUGGAGGAAACUGGAAAGUUUUGCGAAACAACACCUCCCCAAUGAUGCACAUGAGGAUCUAUGAUGAGGAUGUGCAGAAAGCCGGUGUCAACCUGUGCAGUAAUAACAAUGGUGACUGCUCACAGCUGUGUCUGCCCACCUCUCCGACAACCAGGUCCUGCAUGUGCACUGCUGGAUACAGCCUCAAGACGGGCCAGCAGUCCUGUGAAGGCAUGGGCUCCUUCCUGCUUUACUCUGUUCAUGAGGGAAUCAGAGGAAUUCCUCUCGACCCAGCAGACAAAUCGGAUGCCUUGGUGCCGGUUUCUGGAACCUCUCUGGCUGUUGGCAUCGACUUCCACGCUGAGAAUGACACAAUCUACUGGGUGGACAUGGGUCUGAGCACCAUCAGCAGAGCCAAGAGGGAUCAGACGUGGAGGGAAGAUGUGGUAACCAACGGUAUUGGCAGGGUGGAGGGCAUCACUGUUGACUGGAUAGCAGGAAAUAUUUACUGGACUGACCAGGGCUUUGAUGUGAUCGAGGUGGCCAGACUGAAUGGCUCCUUCCGCUAUGUUGUCAUUUCCCAGGGCCUGGACAAACCCAGAGCCAUAACUGUCCACCCAGUGAAAGGGUAUUUGUUCUGGACUGAGUGGGGUCAGUAUCCUCGUAUUGAACGCUCACGGCUGGAUGGCUCCCAGAGGCUGGUCAUGGUCAAUGCGAGCAUAAGCUGGCCAAAUGGAAUCUCCAUUGAUUAUGAGGAGGGUCUGCUGUAUUGGUGCGAUGCCAGGACAGACAAGAUCGAGCGCAUCAACCUGGAGACUGGAAAAAACAGGGAGCUGGUUCUGGGCAACAACAACAUGGACAUGUUUGCUGUAUCUGUAUUUGAGGAAUACAUCUACUGGAGUGAUAGGACCCAUGCUAAUGGCUCCAUUAAGAGAGGCAACAAAGACAACGCUACAGAUGCUGUGCAGCUCAGGACAGGCAUUGGUGUACAGCUCAAAGAUAUUAAAGUUUUCAAUAGAGCCAGACAGACAGGGACGAACGUCUGCAAAAACAACAACGGCGGCUGUGAACAGCUGUGUCUUUUCCGUGGGAAUGGGGAGCGCACCUGCGCCUGUGCUCAUGGCAUGCUGGCAGAGGACAACCAAAGUUGCCGUGACUACGACGGCUACCUGCUGUACUCGGAGCGCACCAUACUGAAAAGCAUCCACCUGUCCGACGAGACAAACCUCAACGCGCCCAUUAAGCCGUUCGAGGAUCCCGACCACAUGAAGAAUGUCAUCGCUCUCAGCUUUGACUACCACGGCGGGGGAGGGAGGGGAGCCAACCGCAUCUUCUUCAGCGACAUUCACUUUGGCAACAUCCAGCAGAUCAAUGACGACGGCACAGACCGCAAGAUCGUGGUGGAAAAUGUUGGGUCAGUUGAGGGCCUGGCAUACCAUCGUGGCUGGGAUACACUCUACUGGACCAGUUAUACAACGUCCACCAUCACUCGCCACACUGUGGACCAGAGCCGUUCUGUGGCCUAUAACCGCAACACCGUAGUCACCAUGUCUGGAGAAGACCACCCUCGAGCCUUUGUGCUGGACGAGUGUCAAGAUCUCAUGUUCUGGACAAACUGGAACGAGCAGGCUCCGAGCAUUAUGAGGGCCUCUUUGAACGGAGCCAACGUGAUCGUGAUCAUCGGCAGCGACAUUAAAACUCCCAACGGCCUGGCCAUAGAUCACCGCGCUGAGAAACUCUACUUCUCUGACGCCACGCUGGACAAGAUUGAACGCUGUGAAUAUGAUGGAAGCAACCGUUACGUGCUGCUGAAGAACGAGCCCGUCCAUCCGUUCGGUCUCGCUGUGUACGGAGAUUACAUCUUCUGGACUGACUGGGUGAGGAGGGCUGUCCUCAGAGCUGACAAGUACACGGGAGGAGACAUGAAAGUGCUGCGUGCUGACAUCCCUCAGCAACCAAUGGGCAUCAUUGCUGUAGCUAAUGACACCAACAGCUGUGAGUUUUCUCCUUGCCGAACAAACAACGGAGGUUGCCAGGACCUGUGCCUGCCUACGUCUGAUGGCCGGGUCAACUGCAGCUGCCGUGGAGACCAGCAACUCCUCGAAGACAACACCUGUUCUCCCCUGAACGUAUCAUGCGGAAGUGUCGAUGGCUUUGAGUGCGGAAAUGGUGACUGCAUCAACUACAGUCUGACCUGUGACGGCAUGGCCCACUGCAAGGACAAGUCUGAUGAGAAGCAGUCCUAUUGCGCCAAUCGACUCUGUAAGAAAGGCUACAGGCGCUGCAUGAACGGUCGCUGCAUUGGUCACCACUUCUGGUGUGAUGGCACAGAUGACUGUGGUGAUCAUUCAGAUGAACUGCCCUGCAACAUGACACUUUGCAAAGCAGGAGAGUUCCAGUGCAAAGAUGGAAGCUGCAUCUCCAACUACAGCCGCUGUGACCAGGUGGUCAACUGCGAGGAUGCGAGCGAUGAAAUGAACUGCCAACCCACCGAUUGCUCCCGUUUUUUCCGGCUUGGAGUUAAAGGAGCCUCUUUCCAAAACUGUGAGAAAACCACUCUGUGUUACCUGCCCUUGUGGGUGUGUGACGGCAACAAUGACUGUGGUGACUUUUCUGAUGAGAGAAACUGUCCAGAUAAGAGGAAGCUUAAAUGUCCAGUCAACUUCUUUGCUUGCCCCAGCGGUCGGUGCAUUCCUAUGAGUUGGACCUGUGAUAAAGAGAAUGACUGUGAGAACGGGGCUGAUGAGACACACUGUGACAAAUUUUGUACAUCCACCCAGUUUGAAUGCGGGAACCAUCGCUGCAUUUCCAGCCACUGGGUGUGUGACGGCUCCGACGACUGCGGCGAUGGUUCUGAUGAGGACCAGAAAUGCAAAUCCAAAACCUGCAGUCCUGAGGCUUUCCAGUGUCCAGGCUCCCAUAUGUGUGUGCCGCAGCGCUGGAAGUGUGAUGGAGACAAUGACUGUCCUGAUGGAGCUGAUGAGAGUGUGAAGGCUGGCUGCAUGUACACCAACAACACGUGUGAUCCUGAAAACGAGUUCAUGUGCCAGAACAGGCAGUGUAUCCCCAAGCACUUUGUGUGCGAUCAUGACUUUGAUUGUGUCGAUAAGUCGGACGAAUCCCUCGAAUGUGAAUACCCGCCGUGCGGUCCCGACGAGUUCCGCUGUGCCAAUGGCCGCUGCCUUAACCAGAAGAAGUGGGAGUGCGACGGAGAGUUUGACUGUCAGGAUCGUUCCGACGAAGCCCCCAAGAACCCUCGCUGCACAGACUCUGAGAGGACGUGCAAUGAGUCAGCUUUCAUGUGCCAUAAUAAAAAAUGUUUGAAUGAGACACUGCUGUGCGACCGCAACGACGACUGUGGUGAUGGCUCCGAUGAACUCAACUGCUUUAUCAACGAGUGUCUCAACAGCAAGCUGAGCGGCUGCACACAGCUCUGUGACGACCUUAAGAUCGGCUUCAAGUGCAGGUGUCAUCCUGGUUUCCAGCUGAAGCGCGAUGGGAAGACAUGUGUGGAUAUAGAUGAGUGCACAACCACCUACCCCUGUUCCCAACGCUGUAUCAACACACACGGCAGCUUCCACUGUCUCUGCGUCGACGGCUUUGAGCUCAGCCCCAAUGACCCCACUGUUUGCAAGUCCACAUCGGAUGAAGAGCCCUACUUGAUCUUUGCCAAUCGGUACUACCUGAGAAAACUGAACCUGGAUGGUACCAAUUACACUCUCAUAAAGCAGGGUCUUAAUAAUGCAGUAGCACUGGACUUCCACUAUGCAGAGCAGAUGAUCUACUGGACAGAUGUGACCACUCAGGGCAGCAUGAUUCGACGCAUGCAUAUGAACGGCAGCAACAUGGAGGUUUUGCACCGAACCUCUCUGAGUAAUCCUGAUGGCCUGGCGGUAGACUGGGUCGGUGGAAACUUGUACUGGUGCGACAAAGGCCGAGACACCAUUGAGGUGUCAAAACUUAAUGGGGCUUACCGGACGGUGCUGGUCAACAGUGGCCUGAGGGAACCUCGUGCAGUGGCUUUGGAUGUACGCUAUGGUUAUCUUUACUGGUCUGACUGGGGUGACAACCCUCACAUUGGGAGAAUUGGGAUGGAUGGCACUAAUAGAAGUGUCAUCAUAGAGGAUAAGAUCACCUGGCCCAAUGGAUUAACCCUAGACUUCAUCAAUGACCGUAUAUACUGGGCUGAUGCCAGGGAGGACUACAUUGAGUUUGCCAGCCUGGAUGGCAAGAACAGACACACAGUUCUCAGCCAAGACAUCCCUCACAUAUUUGCCAUGACCCUGUUUGAGGAAUAUAUCUACUGGACCGACUGGGAAACAAAGUCCAUCAACAGAGCUCAUAAGUCUCUGGGUACCAACAAGACGACCCUGAUCAGCACCCUGCACCGACCCAUGGACAUCCACAUUUACCAUCCUUACCGCCAACCUCCGGUGCUCAACCACCCGUGCCAGAUAAACAACGGUGGCUGCAGCAAUCUCUGCCUCCUUUCUCCUGGUGGAGGUUACAAGUGUGCCUGUCCCACCAACUUCUAUCUGGCAAACGAUCAGCGCACUUGCAUGUCCAACUGCACAGCCAGCCAGUUUGUGUGCAAGAAUGACAAAUGCAUUCCUUUCUGGUGGAAAUGCGACACAGAAGAUGACUGUGGAGACCGUUCAGAUGAGCCAGAGAACUGCCCCGAAUUCAAUUGCAGGCCAGGGCAGUUUCAGUGUGGUACAGGCAUCUGCACCAACCCUGCAUACAUCUGUGAUGGAGACAACGACUGCCAGGACAAUUCAGACGAGGCCAACUGUGACAUUCAUGUUUGCCUGCCCAGCCAGUUCAAAUGUUCCCACCCCAGCCGCUGCAUUCCAGGCAUCUUCCGCUGUAACGGCCAGGUCAACUGUGGAGAAGGCGAGGAUGAGAAGGACUGCCCUGAAGUCACAUGUGCGCCCACCCAGUUCCAGUGUGCCAUCACCAAACGCUGCAUACCUCGUGUCUGGGUGUGCGACCGUGACAAUGAUUGUGUGGAUGGAUCAGAUGAGCCCGCCAACUGCACCCAAAUGACCUGUGGUGUGGACGAGUUCCGAUGCAAAGACUCUGGCCGCUGCAUUCCCGCUCGCUGGAAGUGUGACGGCGAGGAUGACUGCGGCGAUGCAUCAGAUGAACCGAAAGAGGAGUGUGCUGAGAGGACGUGUGAGCCAUACCAGUUCAGAUGUAAGAACAACCGCUGUGUGCCGGGCCGCUGGCAGUGUGACUAUGACAAUGACUGCGGGGACAACUCUGAUGAAGACAACUGCAUGCCUCGACAGUGUUCAGAAAGCGAGUUUGCUUGCACCAACGGCCGUUGCAUUGCUGGGAGGUGGAAGUGCGAUGGAGACCAUGACUGUGCGGAUGGAUCUGAUGAGCAUGGCUGUGAUCUGAAGUGUGACCACGACCAGUUCUCAUGUAAGAACGGACACUGUAUUCCGAUCCGCUGGCGGUGUGAUGCUGAUCCUGACUGCAUGGACGGCAGCGAUGAGGAAAACUGUGGCAGUGCUGCUGGCCGUCACUGCCCUCUGGAUGAGUACCAGUGUAACAACACUCUGUGCAAGCCCCUCGCCUGGAAGUGUGAUGGAGAGGAUGACUGUGGGGACAACUCUGAUGAGAACCCCGAAGAAUGCAGGAAGUUCCAGUGUCCGCCGACAAGAGCGUUCCGCUGCCAAAAUGACCGUGUGUGUCUGCAAGUGUCAAGGAGGUGUGACGGCGUCAAUAAUUGUGGAGACAACAGCGAUGAACUGAACUGCCAGACUCCUCCAUCUGUUCCCACGUGUGAGAAAGACGAGUUCCUGUGCGCCAAUGGCAGAUGCAUCAGCUCCAAUCUGCGCUGUAACUUCUUUAAUGAUUGCGAAGACUAUGGCUCUGAUGAGAUCAACUGCAAAACGGACACAAAGCUAAAUGACUGUCGGAGUAACACAACUCAGUGUGGUGAUGGAGAUGAAGCCCACUGUGUCACCAAUGGCACAGACUCCUUCUGCUCCUGCAAACCAGGCUUCCAGAAGAUAGGACACCACACCUGUGGAGAUAAGAACGAGUGUCUGCAGUUUGGAGUCUGUUCCCACAUCUGCAAUAACACCAAAGGCUCCUACAAAUGCAGCUGCCACAAGUACUUCACCAGGAUAAAUGACACCUGCAAGGCUGACAACAUGAACAGCAGUCGGCAGAUUCUGUACAUCGCUGACGACAAUGAAAUCCGAAGCCUUGACCCCGGCAUGCCCAACUGGCGCUAUGAGCAGACCUUCCAGGGUGAUGCCAGUGUGCGCAUUGAUGCGAUGGACCUGCACGUCAAGACCAACCGCAUCUUCUGGACCAACUGGCACACGGGGCGCAUCUCCUCCUACGAGCUUCCAGGAUCAUCCUCAUCGUCAGCUUCUAGGAUCAACAACCUGCAGAUCAAAGACCUGAAGAUGCCCCGUGGUAUUGCUGUGGACUGGGUGGCUGGUAACCUGUACUGGACUGACUCAGGCCGAGAUGUAAUUGAAGUGGCUCAGUUGUCAGGCCAGCAUUCCAAGACCCUCAUCUACGGCAUGAUAGACGAGCCUUAUGCCAUUGUAGUGAAUCCACAGAGAGGUACCAUGUACUGGGCAGACUGGGGCAACCACCCUAAAAUUGAGACGGCCGCCAUGGACGGCACUCUAAGACAAACACUCGUCCAGGAGAACAUCCAGUGGCCGACAGGCUUAGCUGUGGACUACUUCAAUGAGCGUCUUUACUGGGCAGAUGCUAAACUAUCAGUCAUCGGCAGUGUUCGUCUGGAUGGCUCUGACCCCGUCGUUGCUGUCUCCGGGAUCAAAAACAAUUUGCUCCAUCCAUUCAGCAUAGAUAUCUUUGAGGACUACAUUUAUGGGGUCACAUAUAUUAACAACUUUGUCUUCCGGGUCAACAAGUUUGGUAAAGGCCCUAUGGAGAAUCUCACUACAGGCAUCAACCAUGCUACAGACAUAGUCCUGUAUCACCGUUACAAGCAGCCAGAGAUGACUAACCCGUGUGACAGAAAGAAGUGUGAGUGGCUGUGUCUCCUCAGCCCCAGCGGGCCGGUGUGCACCUGCCCUAACAACUACGUUGCAGACAACGGCACAUGUGCGGAGAGACCAAACCCCACCCAGUCACCGUUCUCCCCGCCCUCAGUUCCGUGCAAUAUCCAGUGUCAGAACGGUGGGAGCUGCUUCUUCAACGACCGUCAGGUGGCAAAGUGUCGCUGCCAGCCCAGCUACAUAGGCGAGAGAUGUGAAAUCAACCAAUGCAGGGACUACUGUAAGAACGGAGGCACCUGCACUGCUUCUCAUGCCGGGUUGCCAACUUGCAGAUGUCCUAAAGGCUUCACAGGGCCCAACUGCAACCGCCACACUUGUCAGGACAACUGCCUGAAUGGAGGCACGUGCUUGGUCAGCAGGGGCAACCAGCCAACCUGCAGCUGCCUGCCAGAGUACCUGGGAGACCAGUGUCAGUACAGUAAAUGUGAAGGCUUCUGCGAGAAUGGCGGAACCUGCUUACAGACCUCCAACGGCACCAAACUUUGUCUGUGCCCCACCAAGUACAUCGGGCGCCAGUGUGAGCUGGACAAAUGUCAAUUCUGCGGAACGGGCAAAUGUAUGACGUCAGCCUCAGGGGAGGUUUCCUGCAGCUGUCCAAAUGGUCAGAUCCAACCCAGCUGCUAUACCUGUUCAAACUACUGCGCACACGGACAGUGUUCAGUAGACAGUCGCACACUGCUGCCACAGUGCACGUGUGCUGUUGGAUGGAGGGGAUACAGAUGUGAUAUUACAGCUCCUAUAGAGUCUCAUACUUCUAGUGGUAGUACUGCGUCAAUCAUCGUCCCAGUGCUGCUGCUGCUGUUGCUGGCACUACUGGUAGUUGGUGCCAUCUUGUGGUACAAGCGGAGAAUGCGUGGUGCCAAGGGCUUCCAGCACCACCGAAUGACUAACGGGGCCAUGAAUGUUGAGAUUGGAAACCCUGCCUAUAAGAUCUAUGAAGGAGAUCCUGAUGAUGAUGCUGGGGAACUUCUGGACUCCGACUUUGCUUUAGACCCAGACAAGCCCACCAACUUCACGAACCCAGUGUACGCCACCCUGUACAUGGGUGCCCACAACAGCCGCAACUCUCUGGCGAGCACUGAUGAAAAGAAGGAGCUCCUCUCCCAGGUCGACGAGGACAUGAGCGACCCCCUGGCAUAGACCUCGGCAUGGACUGAACUCUGCCAACAUUGCCCUGCCUCGCCCAACCUAGAGCCAGCGAGCUCUCUCAUUUUAUGCCUUUACCAACUGAAAAGAAAAGCAACAAAAAAACAAACAAACAUAAAAACGAGAACACUGUAUAAAAUGUAUAAAAUGAAGAACUACUUUUUUUAAGUGAUUGCAGUAUUAUAUUUUGUUCUUUGACAAAAAGGAAAACAAAUCCUCUGGUGAUGGAAAAGAAACCAUUUUAUAGACAUUUUAUUCAGUUCUUUUUCAUUUUGCUCACUUCCUCACAACUCUCUCUCUCACACACACACACACACACACACACACACCUCUCUCACGCAUAUAGCCACUACCUCUGUGCAAAUGUAAAAGAUACAAAUGGCAGUGGAACAAUUUUAAUUUUUUUAUUUUUGUAUAAAUUGUAUAGGGGAAAAGAGAAAAAAAACCCAUUUUUGUUCCAUCCUAGAAAAUGUUGCCAAGUCUUCGUUGCUCAUGAAAGAGAGGAGAUGCGUCAGUGCUCACCACGAAUGCUUCCUGGAUGCUGGUUCACAUUUUGUGUAUAUGUAUGUUUGCUAGCAGAGGUCUUGGAGGGAAAGGCGAGGUGAUGUUUAACUGCACGUGUAUGCACGAGAGACUCGGCAUCUGUUCUGUUGUUGCAAAGAACUACAUUCAAGUGAUUGUCUUUUACCUCCUUGCACAGACUAAAGUUAUAUAUAUAUAUAUAUAUAUAUAUAUAUAUAUAUAUAUAUUAUAAAUAUAUAUAUUUCCAUAUAUCUGAACCUAUUAACAAAGUGUCUUGAAAAUAUACCCAGGAAUACAAAUAUCAGUAACAAAUAGCAGUCUGUACUUUUUAAUCUUUUUCCUUUGUUUUUUUAAGUCAUUGUAUAAUUGACAUACUUUGUGUCACCGAUGAAUGAAUCAUGGCAGUGUGUUAGUGUGCGCUGGAUGAAGAUGAUUGUAAUUAAGUCCACAUUCCAGGAUGAAAAAGUCUGGGAUGAUAUCCGUGGCCUUGGCUUAGCCUACUGCAGGACACCCUGGACAGGAGCUGGGGCUUUGUUCUGAAA